GAAUGGCGCACGCAGCCGGAUGUUGCGCGCGCAUACCGAAUGAAAUAACAAAGAGCACUUGACAUAUUUCAUUUUCUCGUAUUAUAAAUCGGACGGUUUAUUUUCAUAAAAUUUCGGCAGGAAAUCAUUUUUCAUUGUGGCAAGUUUAUUCGUUAAGUGAUUUCUGCAUAGGAGGUGAUCAGAAGGUGGCCGACUAAAUGAUACUGCUAGCGCGUAAGUUCCUGCGGGGUGGGCGAGGGACGCCAUGACAGUCGUCGUAUUUUCUGUUAACCGCGAGCACGUAGGCUCUUGCCAGCGUUUUCGUGAAAUUCUUGCGCCGUUUAGCAUCCAUCUGAGUAAAAAUUGGCAGCCCCGUUUCCUAAGCUUCGCGGACUUUGCUUCAAAUAUAUUGUGGAGGUGGAGGGCGAGGGCGCGUGGCCAUUAUCAGGGAUUUGCUUGUGGGUACCCAUGGCGAGGUGAGACGUCGAGAGGCGGCGAAAGGCGUCCCCCCCUGCAUCGGGACGCGUGUCGCCCUGUGUACAAGACGGCCUAGGGCCGACGAAGCGAGAUGCCAGAACCGCCGAUGGCACCGUACACCACGGUGAGAAACGAAAUAUAUCAGGAACAUUUAGUUAGUAUUCUCCAGUGAACAAAGAUGAAUAGUGAGCAGCAUGCAUUGCCAGCGGCUACGCAGGCACAACAAGAGGAUGUAAACGCGGGUCAAAGUGGUCGUCCUUCAUACCCAGGUGGUCUGGCUACUACAACUAGUCUUGGCAAUGUAGGGAGUACCCCCCAUUCAUCCGCGGACCUGCGUGUAGGUACAGCCGUAGCGUUAGCCUCCUCGGUAGCUAAAUAUUGGGUCCUGACCAAUCUGUUUCCUGGACCGCUACCUCAGGUCUCAGUCUAUCACCAUUCCCACCACAACUCCUCACAUAGGAGUAGUGGAGGUGGAGAGGCAUCUUCCAAAGAAUCAGCCUCUUCAUUGAAUCAAGAAAUGGCGUUGACUUCCAGUUCGCACCAUCAGUCAACACCUACACAUCAUCAUCAUCAACCUUCAGUUAGCAGUAGCAGUCAUCAUAGUUCUUUACAACCAAAUCCACAGCAGAUUCCAGUUUCUCUGCCAGGCCUUAAUUUAGAUGGACCACAUUUACCUGCCAGCGUCAGUCAUUUACAGGCAGCACAUGCACAAAUGCAACAACAAAUGCAGGCACAACAGCAACAGCUGCAUCAGCAGCAACAACAGCCACAGCAGCAGCAGCAGCAACCUCAACAACAACAACAACAGCAAUCUCACCAUCAAAUGCAAAAUCAUCAAAAUGCUCAGAAUAAUGGACCAACUACACAUAAUCAAAACGCACAGAGAGAUGAUAACAAAGUAAAAGAUGAAGGUGGUAGUUGCACAACUGAACGUUGUAGCGACAAUCAAGUUCACUGUCAAGUACAAUGUGAUCUUCAGUUACAAACGUCUCAAGAUCUGCAACAAAGUCUUAUGCAACAACAACAGCAACAACAACAAAUUGGCGUAAAUAUAAGUGGGAAUUCUUCGACCGAAGGUGGAAGUCAGAGCAAUUCGGAAAAACCAGAAAAAGAAAAGGAGCUGCGUCAACUAAAUAUGACACAAUUUCAAGUGCCAGAUUUAAAACCAGGAGGUCAUAUGAUGGAUGUAAGGACAGCCGAUGGUUCAGUUGUAAAAAUCAGUGCUGGAAACGAGCAAGACUUAGCAAAGACUCUUGGUGUUGAAAUGGUGCAAAAUAUGUAUAAGGUGAAUGUUGAGGACAUCAAUCAGCUUUUGGCAUAUCACGAAGUAUUUGGAAAGUUACAAAGUGAAAUAGCAGCUGGUACAACCUUAGUCGGAAGUACUGUUCCUACUCAAACAGUUACCACUAUACAGAAUGGAACGCCAAUCGUACAACAAGUUCAAUUAAAUAAAUUCGAUAUUAAAUCGAGCGACGGCGAAGCUACGCCCGGACCAAGUGCGUCACCCGUAUCAGUUGGCAGCCAUGCUUGUGAAAUAUGUGGAAAAAUCUUUCAAUUUCGCUAUCAGCUUAUCGUACAUCGUCGAUAUCAUACAGAAAGAAAACCGUUUACUUGUCAGGUAUGCGGCAAAGCAUUUUUGAACGCGAACGAUUUAACACGCCAUGGUAAAUGUCACUUGGGUGGAUCCAUGUUUACAUGUACAGUGUGUUUUCAUGUAUUUGCAAAUGCGCCUUCAUUAGAGCGUCAUAUGAAACGACACGCUACCGACAAACCAUACAAUUGUACAGUAUGUGGAAAGAGCUUUGCGAGGAAAGAACAUUUGGAUAAUCAUACUCGUUGUCACACGGGAGAAACACCGUAUAGGUGUCAAUACUGUUCAAAGACAUUUACCAGAAAAGAACAUAUGGUAAAUCAUGUUCGGAAACACACGGGUGAAACACCGCAUCGAUGUGAUAUUUGCAAAAAGAGUUUUACCCGCAAAGAACACUUUAUGAACCAUGUUAUGUGGCACACAGGAGAAACUCCUCAUCAUUGUCAAGCCUGCGGCAAGAAGUACACACGUAAAGAACAUCUUGCAAACCAUAUGCGUUCACAUACCAAUGAUACACCAUUUCGUUGUGAAAUAUGCGGUAAGUCUUUUACGAGAAAGGAGCACUUCACGAACCACAUAAUGUGGCACACGGGUGAGACGCCGCACCGCUGUGAUUUCUGCUCGAAGACAUUCACGCGAAAGGAGCAUCUUUUGAACCACGUUCGCCAGCACACGGGUGAGUCUCCACACCGAUGCGGCUUCUGCUCCAAAUCGUUCACCAGAAAGGAACACCUUGUUAACCACAUCCGCCAACACACAGGAGAGACGCCCUUCCGUUGUCAGUACUGUCCAAAAGCAUUUACGCGGAAGGAUCACCUGGUGAACCACGUCAGACAACACACGGGUGAGUCACCGCACAAGUGCCAGUAUUGCACCAAAUCCUUCACGAGGAAGGAACAUUUGACAAAUCACGUGCGUCAACAUACAGGCGAAUCGCCACAUCGAUGCCACUUCUGCUCCAAGUCAUUUACUCGUAAGGAGCAUUUGACGAAUCAUGUCCGAAUCCAUACCGGCGAAUCACCCCACCGGUGUGAAUUCUGUCAGAGGACGUUCACUAGGAAAGAACACCUCAAUAAUCAUCUCCGACAACAUACCGGAGAUUCCUCGCACUGUUGUAACGUGUGUUCUAAGCCAUUUACAAGAAAGGAACAUCUUGUAAAUCAUAUGCGAUGCCAUACUGGUGAACGUCCGUUCGUAUGUACAGAAUGUGGUAAAAGCUUCCCGCUAAAGGGCAAUCUACUUUUUCACAUGCGUUCGCAUAAUAAAGGAAGCAAUGCCGAGAGGCCAUUCCGUUGUGAUCUUUGUCCGAAAGACUUCAUGUGCAAAGGGCACUUGGUGUCCCACAGGCGAUCGCAUUCGGACGAGCGACCGCACAGCUGUCCGGACUGUGGGAAAACUUUUGUCGAGAAGGGCAAUAUGUUGAGACAUUUGAGAAAGCAUGCAGCCGAAGGACCACCGACACAAGUUAGCACACCGUCGGCCAUUCCUCAGUCUGGCGUUCUGCCGAUCCCGGCGGCGGCAGUUUUGGUCGGGCAUCCAUUGGCGCCGCCAGCGCCGCCUCCAGUAGUACCACAACACACGGUCGUUGUGCCUACUCCACCCGGUGUAUUGACCUCCUACUAAACCAAAUCAAGAGAAAGGAUGUGAAAGCAUUUGAUGAAAGAAAAAGUGAGUGUAUACAUAAUGAACGUUUGUAUUGUUGAUUAUAAAAGUGCGUCAUUCAGUUUUUAAAGACCUGUGGUUUCUAUGGCCAUGAAAGUUGAUUAAAAAAAAAAAGAAGUGUUAUCGCAUCGCAGUAGUAUCAUCGUGAAUGUUGUAACUACAAACAUUGUCUUCGUUUCAAAACGUUUGCCGCAAUAUUCGCCUGUAGCUAUGUGCAAAGAAGUUCAUAUGAACUUAACAUUGAACAGUAACCGCUGUUAUAAUAGCAGUGUAUCAUCCAAAGUUUGAAUUUCUUUGUUUCUUUUUUUUUUUUUUUUUUGUAUAAUACCUUUAGUAGAUUGUUUAUGGAAGGAAGCAUAUUCGACGUUUUCACGUUCCACUUACUAUGCAAACUCAGGACUUAUGCGAUUCAGUGAUAGGCACACAGAAAAUUUCGCUGUUAAUUAAACUACAAUUAGACGCUAAUUGUAGUAGCAAUAUGUCGCUGUAUUACUUUUAUACAAUAAUUUCGUUAUAAAACAAAAUAAGCGUAUCUACCCAGUGGGAAAAGGCAGAAUUUGGCGUAAUAUAUAACGUGCGAUAUAUUCCGGAUAGUAUGAUCGUAAUUUGAAGAAUUUAUCAAAAUGUUUGCUUGAAGUACAAAAUGUAUUUUUAAUUCAAAUUAUACAAUGAACGCAUCGUUUUAUAAAACAUCGUUUAUUUCUUCGAGUUUCACGAAAGUUGUUCCUUUCAAAUUAGUUGUAACGUUAAACGCAGAAGCAAUUAUUUACAACCGCCGUAGUUCAGUGGUUAAUUUUGCAUUAAAUUACAUUUUGUGCUGUCGCUUUUAUAAUAUUAGGUGAUCUCGUUAGAUUCAGAGUGGUAUUUCUAAUUUUAUAGUCGGAAUAUGUUGAUAGGCGUACACGUUUACUAAGUGUGUCUAAUUGAUAUGUUCUGAAAUAUCUUUUGCGAAAGAUAUUAUACGCGUGGGAUCGGAUUCUCCAAUUCAAGAAAAGGAGCUCUAAAGACCAGGAUAUCGAAGGAUCAUCGACGACACAGUGAUAAAGCGGCCGGUUAACAAUCACAAUCGAAGGUUUUUAGUUUAAAUUUCAUCGUCCGUGCCCUUUUUUCUAGGCUCCUACACACGAAUUCACUUAUUCUAUAGAGUGUGAUUCUAAAAACUGGUAACUCUCGUCCAAGUAAAUAUACACAAAAUUGAUAUAAUGUAAUCUUUCAUUUUAGUGCAACGAUACAAGUACUGUAUGCACAUGCACUUAUUUGUACACUUUUGUUACAUGUUUCAUGUUACAAUAGUCCCUAUUGAAAGAUAUUAAACUUUUCCCUGUAUAACUUUUUGUAUUUAUGUUUACAAAAAAAACUAUAAUUUGUUCCAGAUUUUAGAAUCAUUCUAUACAUUUACUUUAAAAAUACAGUGUUUCUCGCUUGUAUGCAACUGAAUUUCCACUCGUUUCCGUACAUCUGAAAAAGGCAAUUCUUUUUUUCCCCCAAAGGUCGGUAUUUCUUUCAUCCCUAGCCGAGGCCUAGCCUCGCAUAUACAUACAGUCAAUAGUACAAAUAUGGUGAUUUUAUGAAAACUGUGGUGUACCAAGAAUUCAGCCUUAGCUAUUAAAAACAAAAAUGUAGGCAUAUAUCUAAUUUCACUGGAAUAAAACUCUCACUUGUUUCGAUUUUAAUCUAAAUUUAUUUGUUUUAUUUUAUUUUUCUGCUAGUCUCGUUUAUCGGUAAAUUUGUAACGUUUUAUCAUAAUUUUUAGUCUCGCGUUCAAUUCGAACGAGAUAGUCGCAAUCAUUUGUUUCUUGUUAAAGCAUUUAAAUAGUCGUAUAUAAUUCUAUGUAAAUAGUUGUAUAUAAUUUUAUUCGAAUGAAUAAAAAUAGAUUUAUAUAACGAUGAUAGUGAUGACGAAUUAUUUGCGAAUAAUUUGUGAGAAAUUCUUAUUGAAAAUGACUCGAAUACAGAUAAAUACAUUAAUUGCGUCUUUAAAUAAAAGAGUACAGUAUGCCAUCGUUCGUUGUUAGCGUCCAUCUCAGAUUUUAUAAUGAUAUGAAAACAGGAUUUUGUAAUGUACAGUAGAAUUUUAAUUAUUGCAUUAUUUAAUUCACGAAUGAGCAGUAACUGUCCGUGUUGAUGAACAUUGAAGGUUUCAUUUACAAUAAAGAAAAAAAUUUAUUACAGCUAAAAAUAAAUCAAAAUAAACGUAACUUUAUUGAUUUUAUAAAUGCUAUAUACUUUGGUCAAAUCUAGCGCAAAUUUUCAGACUAUAAACAAUAUUAAUUAUUGUCGAUAAAUAAUAACUUGACAUUAAACUUUUAUUUUAAAAUGAUUUAGUACUUUGUAAGUAUCAAUGAGCCUUGAUAAUUGCUUUACAUCUGUCGAACGUUAAAUAUACCAGUCUUUUAAAAAAAAUGUUCCAUCAAUCAACUAUAGGAGAAAUAUUUUGUUAUCUUUUGUACCAAGUUCAUGCCAAAUUUGAAGACUAUUUGCCUUCAUGGUUGUAUAUAAUUUCAAGGAAGUUAGUUACCUUACAAUGUUUUAAGAAUUAAACAACUUUCUGUAAUUCUCAGGAAUUCGAUAUUUCAGUGGUGUUUAGACGCAUUAAUAAAAUUGGUUAAUUGUACGACGGUCGCGCUAGUCAUCGAGUUGCUUACUCUGAAUAAACAAAAACAUUAACGGAAUCAAUAUCGUUGCCUUUAAGCGGGUGAAAAAUUAUCGUAUACAAGCGAGGACUAUUGUAAAUAAGAAAUUUCGUUUUUCAGUACACACAAAUCGGACACGAUAAAAAUUAAAAUGUUUUAUUAUUUUCAUAAAAAAAAAAUCUAUGUAAAUAGGACUGAGAAAGCUACUAUAUAUUUAAUAACACAUAAUUUUCAGAUUACUUAAAUAUUUACUUUUAUGUUUUACCCAAUUGGCGUGCAGUUUAGUUUAAUGUGAAAAUUAUGUUUAACUUUAAAAAAAAGAUUUAUAUUUUAUGCGUAUACCAAUUCUGCAUCAAUUGCCCGUUUUUAGCAAUAAUUAUUGUUUUUCAUUUAAUCAUAAUUAUUAUAAUUGAGUGCAAUAUAACUAUGCUGAUUUCGCUUAAGAGACGUCUGCAUUGAAUACCACUAUUACACCGGAUUUUAAAUAGGAAGAAAAAAUUGACAAACGAUAGGAAUUCAGUGCGUUUAUCUGUACUCGAAUUAUUGUUUCGAAUUUUUUUGGUUUUUAAAGUUAAUUUUAAAAUAAUUAACAGUGCUUGUCUAUUGUCUAUAUCAAAAGAAAAAAUGUUACGACUCUAGCAGUCUUGUAAGGCCAUGUAUUUCGUAUUUACAUUUAAGACAAGAUAAAAUCGUAAGCUUGGUUCUGCGACGUCGUUGUCGUGCUAAGUUACCUAAAUAUACUACGUAUUUAAAAGAGCACUUGACAUCAAAACGUACGUUCAAUUCCUCUACAAAAAUUCGCAACUGCGUCUUACCGGUUGCCGCAUUACCAAGCUUAUAUUGAUUAUGUAUGAUAUUCAUAAUUAUUGAAUAGACAAGAACAAGACGAUGAGAAACUUAUAAACGCGGGUGCAUGUGACAAAUGGACUUUCGUGUGCGAUAAUGUUCGUCACUCCGUAGGAGUCUAGAUUAAUAUAUUACGACAAAUAUUAUUAAGUAUAUUCAAACAAUUAGAUAUCAUAUACUAUUUAAAGUAACGAGGGGGAAAAAAACUAAUUAUACUGCAGGGUCACUGUACGAGGUGACAUAAAUCUGUCACAUACCGAACGUAAAAUUUUCACUAUAUUCGUAAGAAAAAAAAAAAAAGAAACGCGAAGUUAGUGCAAAGAUACGUCUAUAAAGGA